AAAAGGCCAGUGCAGUCUUGGGGAACGUUGCACUGCAGGGGCCCUGUUAAUCUGAGCUACCAUGUGCUGAUUGAGAUGGGAGUCAAAACUCAAUCUUAGGCACCACAAUAUUUUCAAGAUGUUCUCGUCAAUGGUUCUCAAUCAGUCACCAUCAGCAAAAGCAGAUGAUCUGACACGAUCACAUUACAGUCUGCUGGAGCUUGCCGAGCAUAUACUGGUUGAUGAACUUCCCAGGGUCUCAUGGUCACUGCAUCUCGCAACAACUCGAUUCGCUGCACCCCUAGCCCUGGCCGCCUCCAAUGUGGGGGCCACUUCGAUCAGCAGCCCCUUGGAAUCGAUCAGUUGGAGUGUGGGAGCAUUUCAUCGUCAAUCCUCCGGGACUGAGCCGAGAGAACCACCGGAACAUUUCAGAAUUAUUCAGCAUUAUGUAAAGAGAAACAAAAGAUGUGUCGGGCCUUUGUGGAAGUGAUAUAAAGGAAGACUGGGAGUGGAAAUCCCCCACGUUCCGCGACUUGACUUGUAACCGGAAGAAUUGUCAAAUGAUAAAUGGACUAACAGUUUCUCAGUUAGUUUGAAAUGACAGCAGGUUUCUCUAGGUUUAGUUAAAGUCUCAAAAUUCCGAAACUUUUAAAGUUAUUGUGACUCCAGAUUAUUUUAAAAUUUUAAAUUAUAGAAAUUAUUAUUUCUAUAAUAAUGAUGGAUUCUCGACUAUUUUUAACUGCAGCGUGUAUUUGGAUUUUCACGUUACUCUUCGCCGUUUCAGCCACUGAAACUGAAUUUGAAAUUUCAAUCGAUGUCAACCCUGAGGCGGUGGAAUUUGGAGGCUCCAUCGAUAUGAACUGCAGCACAACAUGUCCUGAUCCAACAGUCGUUGUGGAAUAUAAAUCAGGGAUAAAUCCUAACAGGACAAAGGGCCGUACUUGGUAUUAUGACUAUUUCUCACUUGUUCAGGAGUGGGACUUUACACUCGUGUGUUCUGUGAUCUGUAAAUCAAAGAACUCUAAGCCUAAGGAGAAGAAAAUGCUUGUCACAGUAUACAAUCGAGAGAUAAACAUUACAUCACUCCCUGAAGUGCUGGAGGUUAACAGGAGAUAUAGUCUGCAGUGCAUCGGACCAAGAGUCUACCCAAACAACAAACUCAUUCUCACAUGGUUGAGAGGGAGUGAGAUUGUUCAGAGAAAUUCUGCAGAAAACCAAGGUCUUCCGGAUGAAGAUAACAGGUUGAGAAAUGUCUUCAAUUUCACUGCAAGUCUAUCAGAUGAUGGACAGGAGUACACCUGCUUGGCUGAAGUGGACUUGGGCUCUAACACCACAAUGUCAAUCACAAACUCCUCUGUCACUCUGCAAACCUACUCUUUCAUGGAUCAGCCUAGAAUCCUGGACAAAAGGCCCAAAGAAGUGAAGCAAGAGGUCAUAUUAACAUGUGAGGUCUCAGAUGUCUAUCCAGUUGAGAAGAUGAGAGUACGAUGGUUUCAGGAUGGUGAGGAACUGAACUCAGUUACCACAAGGCCAAAUUCUAACACUGUUCAAUCAACAGCAGCGUGGACACCGCAGGAAACUGGUCUGAUCGAAGUUGUCUGUAUGGCUGAUUUUGAGAAGUAUCCAUCAGUUCCCUCAAAGAAUCACACGGUCUUCAUUGAGGUGUACGUUUUCUCUUCCCCUGAAAUCCAAAUACCAACCAGCCAUGAAGGAAAUCUGGUUAACAUUACGUGCCAUGUAUUAAAUGUCUCAGGGGAUCUUGAACUCAAACUGAAGAAAGAAAAUGACAUAUUAGCGAAAGGAUCGAGCAGUACUGGGCUCACUAUCUCUCAUACAGUACAGGCUCAAGCAAAGCUGGAUGGACAGCAGUUUAUCUGUGAAGCUGAACUGAAACUUCAAGAUCAGUCAAUAGCCAGCCCUGUUAUUAAACAACAGGUUGGAACCCUCCAUGUCCUGUAUAAACCACGAGACACAUUCAUGACCAUAUCAGUAAAUAACAAAACAGUGUCAGGCUUUCCAGUAGAAGUCACUAAAGCUGAUGAAAUUACAUUAAGCUGUAUGUCCGAUGGAAGACCCUCACCUGUAUUAGAGUGGGUAAAUCCCAGUAAUGGCAACAAUAUUGAGAUUGGUCCUCGAUUUCUUCGUAUUCCGUACAUAACCUCAGAACAUCAAGGAAUUUAUAUAUGUAGAGCUACCAAUCAAUAUGGAAGUGAUGAGAAGGAUGUGGACAUCAGGGUCAAAGGUACAAGAUACAGAGUCUCUCCAAUAAUCUGCGUGACAAUUGGCAUAGCCAUCGGAUUGAUUAUAACACUUAUCAAUAAGUUCAGCACUGCAAAUAGAAGUGGCAGCUAUAAUGUCUGCGAUAGAAAUCAACCUGUGGGAGAUAGGUCAAUGAAUCCCAUCAGGGAUAAUUGAAUGGAAACAAAGAUCAACAAAUUGAGAUAUCAACAGCACCGGCGAUGGCUCAAGUAGAAAUCACUAAACUAAAACUGCAUUUUCCUUACUAAGGUUAUUGCUUGUGUUUGGUGAAGUAUGCUUUAAUCUAAUUGUAAAAUUUUCACAUUUAAAAACAUUCUAGAUAUUUGGAAAGAUUUUAUGAAUCCUUUAUUUUGAAAGUCAUUUCCUACAAACUUAUUUUUGUAUUCCUAUUAAUUGAAAGAAAUACUGUUAAUUCCUGGGGUACAUAUUGAUUUAUUAGCAUGCAUUUAUAGUACAGCAUGUUACAGGACCACAUGAAAUAGGCCAUUCAGCCCCUUGGGCCUGCUCUGCCAUUCAAUAGGAUCAUGUCUGAUCUGACAUUCCUCAAAACCAUUUUCCUGUGUUUUCCCCAAAACUCUUGAUUUCCCUCACUUCUCAAGAAUCUGUCUACCUCAACCCUAAAUAAACACCAGGACUUUAAAGUUUUGGCAAAGAUCUGUAACUUGGGUUGUGGAUGAAAUUGUUGACUUGCUUGCCGAGCUGGCUGGUUUUUGUUCAGACAUUUUGUCACCACGCUUGGUGACAUCAACAGUGGAGCGUCCAAUGAAGCGAUGGGAUAGUGUAGGGGGAGGGGCUUAGAUCAGUUCACAGGUCGACGCAACAUCGAGGGCCGAAGGGCCUGUUCUGCGCUGUAUUGUUCUAUGUUCUAUUCUACUCUGCUUGGAAUUUAUACUGUCCAGUCUGUUAUAGUGAGUACUGUCAUUUCUGGUUUUGAACUGUUUGUGUUUGUGUAUG